AUGGUUUAUCUUGCCGAGUCUAAACAGACGGAUCGUGGUUGUAUUAAGCAACCCAUAAGAGCUAACGGGCCCUCAUCCCAUCCGGCAUUUCGGACGUUGUUAUUUAAAAGCAAGAACAAGCAUAACGAAUGGAAAGCUAAGGUGAAGGAGUUCCUGCAACGCUUGUCCGCUUCGGUGAACACGGAAUCAAUAGUUGCUACAAUGCUUGACAAGCCCCCCUUAAUGCGUCCGUACAAUAUGUGGCUCAACGAAGAAGGACCCCGAGUCCUCUUCAUUCUCCGAGCUACAAGAAGAACUACGAGGAAAAAGAUAGCAACAUGA